UUACUUCGUGACCUGCGCAAUGAUGGUUGGGAACCUCUUCUGAAUGAGGUCAUGGACUUUUGUGGGAAGCAUGAGGUUGAAAUCCCAGAUCUAAAUCGCAGAUAUGCUGAUGUGACAAAAUCUCGGAACAAGCAUGACAACACUACAACUCUUCACCAUUAUAAAAUAGAUGUGUUUAAUGUGGCAAUUGAUCAACAACUAAAUGAAUUGGAGGACAGAUUUAGCUCUCAAGCUACAGAACUUCUAUCACUUUGUGCCUCUUUGGAUCCAAGACUGGACAGCUUUGAUAGGUCAAAGAUAUCUACCCUAGUAGAAAAAUAUUAUCCGGCUGAUUUUUCUAAUCAAGAAAGAGCCCAAUUAGAAUGCCAACUGCCACAUUUUCAACUUGAUGUGUGCAACGAUCCAGAGCUAAGUAGUCUCCCAUCACUUGCUGAUCUGACAAAUGGGCUUGUUAAAUUGGGCAAAAAUUCUCAUUAUCCAAUGGUUGAUAAGUUGUUAAGAUUAGUCAUGACUCUUCCGGUGUCAACUGCAACCACAGAGAGAGCAUUCUCAGCUAUGAAACUUGCCAAGACUCGUCCACGCAACAAAAUGGGAGAUGAUUUUCUACGUAGUUACAUGAUAAUUUAUAUUGAAAAGGAAUUGGCACGAAAGAUUACUUCUGAAGAUAUCAUCAAUUCUUAUGAUCUAGUUGGUUCUCGUAGAGGUAAAUUCAAGUUAAUAGAGAUGUAA